UCUGACGUCACGAUGACGCCACCGGAAGUUGCGUCAGCUGAUAGCAGGAGAAACACAUCAGCCUCCAGCGAUCAAAGGAUGUCUGCCUACCCCAAAUCCCACAAUCCUUUCGCCGAUGAUGAUGACGAAGAGGACUCGAAGCCUCGAAGAGGCUUUAACUUUGACGACGAUCCGGAGGAGAGUUCGCUGAGUCCGGCGGAGAGACGGCAGAGACAGCUGCAGCAGGAAGUGAUGCGCACAGCACAGUCGGCCGUGGACAGCAGCCACCGCUCGCUCGGACUCAUCUACGAAUCGGAGAAAGUCGGAGCCGAGACGGCGGAGGAACUGAUUCGUCAGGGUGAGGCUUUGAAGAGGACAGACAGGAUGAUUGACAACAUGGAGCAGGACAUGAGGACGAGCCAGAGGCACAUAAACACCAUUAAGAGUGUGUGGGGUGGCAUGGUCAACUAUUUCAAAGGCAACCCUGAACCUCCCAAACCUGCUCAAAAGGAGCAGCCCGUGUCCUACGAGGCCAACAGCAGGUUACAGAAUGCGCUUGUGGAGAGCAAACAGCAGGAAGACAAAUAUCAAGCCAGCCAUCCCAACCUCAGGAAACUGGACACAUCUGGAUUGGGAGCGUCUGCUUCGCUGGAUAACGGGCCGUCCGAUCAGAACGGGUAUCCCAAGAACACACAUCUACGGGCCGCCCAUCAACAGCUGGACAGUAACCUCGAUGACAUGUCGAUGGGUCUGGGUCGUCUGAAGAACCUGGGUCUGGGGCUGCAGGCCGAGAUCGACGACCAGGACGUUUCUCUGGACGCUUUGCUCAAUAAGGUCGACACGAUGGAC